UCUAGAUCCCAAACUUCCUGUUCUGAUCACUUCCUGUUGUUGCAUCGGGCCACCUUCUGUGUGACUGGUCGCUUUCAGGUGAACUGUGGAGCUUCUGGUUUGAACUUUGACCUCACAGCUGAGCCACUCCUAUGUUUCCUCAUUGGCGAGCGUGGUGGCGCUACGUCUGAUUGACACCCCGCUCAGCAAAUCAGCUUCUUGUGCAGGCACGGAGGCGGGACUUCCCGUACAGUAGCUGCAAGAGGUCCAUCAUGGCGCUGACGCUGCUCGCUUGAGAGUUACAGUGCGAAACCCCGGAGAAGUCCAGCUAGUUCAAGUCGCUUCCAGUCACCGAGGGCACAAUUACGCAGAUUCACCGUCUGAAGCUGCUGGAGAUGAAGGGGAAGGAGCGGUCGCCAGUGAAGAAACGCUCCCGGGCGCUGGAAGACAGCAGAGACCGAGGAGGGAGCCACCCGAGCGGCAAGAAGAGCGGCGCCCUGUCGACGGUCGGUAGCAACAACAGCAACGGCUCCAUACACAGCGCUGUCUCCUCCAGGAGAAGUUUACACGGAGAGAAGAGAGACGCGAGGGACCCGGACGGACACAACUCCUCCGGAAGGAGCGGCAGCGGCUACGACUACCGAGUUAUCCCGGGGAACAAGCCGCACGUUGCCGCUGACAUCGCCGCGGAAGUAGCCAGAUCCUCCGCCUCAUCACGCUGCGAGCCGCGGCCUCCGUCGAACCCAGAAAGUGAGUACAAAACUCUGAAAAUCAGCGAACUCGGCUCCCAGCUGAACGACGAGGAGAUCGAGGACGGGCUGUUUCACGAGUUUACGAAGUUUGGGGACGUGAGUGUUAAGAUGAGCCGAGAGAACGACGAGCGGGUGGCGCUAGUGAACUUCAGGAGGCCCGAGGACGCCCGGGCGGCCAAACACGCCCGCGGCAAACUGGUGCUGUACGACCGGCCCCUGAAGAUAGAGACUGUGUACAUGAACCGACGGAGGAGCCGCUCCCCUGUUUCAAAAGACAGUUUCCCCGCAGGACACAGGCACCUCCACUCCCAGAGACCGCUGUCCCCCACUGCUAUGGGCUUCAGAGACUACCGGUUACAGCAGCUGGCGCUGGGCCGUCUCCCUGCUCCUCCACCACCUCCUCCUGUUCCUCCACCACCUCACCUCAGAGAGCUGGAGCGAGAGAGAGACUUUCCUGUGUACGAGGCCAGGAGCCGACCGCCCUUCGUCCCUGAAGCGGCUGUUUUCCGUGAAAAGGACCCGAUGACCCCUGAGGAUGACCAGAGGGCAAACAGGACGUUGUUUCUGGGCAACCUGGACGUCAGCGUGACGGAGAGUGACCUGAGGCGGGCGUUCGACAGGUUCGGGGUCAUAACAGAGGUGGACAUAAAGCGGGCUGUGAGAGGCCAGAGCAACACCUAUGGGUUCAUGAAGUUCGAGAACCUGGACAUGGCUCACCGCGCCAAAGUAGCGAUGUCAGGGAAAGUGGUGGGCCACAACCCGAUAAAAAUUGGCUAUGGUAAGCCCACGCCCACUACUAGGCUAUGGGUGGGGGGUCUUGGACCCUGGGUUCCGCUCGCUGCUCUUGCCAAGGAGUUUGACCGUUUUGGCACCAUCAGGACCAUAGACUACAGGAAAGGUGAGGUGUGGGCGUACAUCCAGUACGAAAGCCUGGACGCGGCUCAGGCUGCAUGUACUCACAUGAGGGGCUUCCCUCUCGGCGGCCCUGACAGGAGACUCAGGGUGGACUUUGCCGAAACAGAAGUCCGCUAUCAGCAGCAACAGUUUAUGCAGCUUCCUCUGCCGCACUAUGAUUUAGUUUCUGAGCCCUUUGUCCACCGUCUCACUGAGCCGGUGAGAGUGAGAGACAGGUCCCCUCCACAUCCCGCCCGCUUCAGAGACAGAGAUCCGUAUGCCACAGCUGAGUGGUCGGGCCUGGCUGUCCACGAUAGGAUGCGAGGACCAGCCUUCGAUCCCAUGGACCGCCUGGAGAGGCGUUCACGGGAGCCCUGGACAAUAGAGCAAGAGCGGGAGCUGCAAAGCAGAGAUCUGGGCCGCAAAAGGAGACAUAUGAACGACGGCUGGUGGUUGGAGCCUUCACCUGAUGGCUGCGACUUUGGUCUGCGUCGGCAUGGCAACUCCCUAGAACGAAGCCCAGAAGGGAGCAACCGAGAUGGGGUGCGUCACGGUGACCCAGAACGCCUGCCUCGCCUCGGCAGACCCUCCCCUGUUAGAGAGAGGCAAAACACUCAGGACACCGGCUGUGGAGACAAGAGAAGGAGAACACUGAGCCCAACUGAGCCGGGCAAACGCAGAGCUAGUGACUCAGCCAAGAGCCCAUUAAAGAAGGAGGUUCGCUCAGAUCAACCCUCCUCUUCCUCAAAGACCAAGGGGACGGCUGAAGGACAGAAGCUGAGCCAGGUCUGGCAGGGUGUCCUCCUGCUGAAGAACAGCAGCUUCCCCACAUCACUGCACCUGCUGGAGGGCGACAUCGCAGUGGCCACCAGUCUUCUAGUGGACGGCUCAACUGGGGGUCAAGUGUCCCAGCUGAAGAUCAGCCAGCGCCUGCGCCUGGACCAACCCAAGCUUGAGGAGGUCUCUCGUCGAAUCAAGGCCACCAGCUCCAGCGGAUACUCCAUCCUCCUGGCCAUGCCUGGAAAGGACGAUGCCAGCAACCCCAACGAGAGACCACUGAAGAACCUGGUGUCCUACCUGACGCAGAAGGAGGCGGCCGGCAUAAUCAGCCUCCCUGUGGGGGGCAGCUGUGACAAGGACCACGGAGGAGUCCUUCAUGCUUUCCCCCCAUGUGAGUUCACGCGGCAGUUCAUGGAUCCCUCUGCCAAAGCUUUUGCCAAAUCAGAGGACGACUACAUGGUGAUGGUCAUUAUCAGAGGAGCUUCAUGAAAAAAUGUAUGAAUAUGUCUUUUCACACUCAUGAACUGUUACACAGUGAGUUGGAAAAACAGGGAAAUGACAGAGCAGGAUAAGAGGAAAUGACAGGGCUCAGAUAUUUAUGUUCUCUAUCCUGCAGAGUGGCCUGUUUCUCAUCCUGUUGAAGGUUUAUAGAAAUGAAAGCUACUGAACAGGUCUUGACAAAUUGAUAGGUGUGAUUAUAUAAUACAGGUGACAUGUUGCCUUCUGCUCCUCAAUUACCGUAUAAAUGUACAUUACUUGAAAGGUACUCUUCUGAAAGAGCAAGCUACAGUUCUGUGAAUCAUAACUAUAUGUUGCCUUAUCCCAUUCAAAAAGAGAGUUUUCUUAUAUAAUUUCAUGAAUUGUUAUUUAAACUCAAACAGCUUUAUGAUUUCAUUUGAUCUCUACUCAGCUUAGAUUUAUUCUUUCCCGUCUUGACAAAGAUUUUUUGCAGUUUGGCUUCAAAGUAAUUCAACUAAUGUAAGUAGACAUUUCCUCUAGCUUUACCCAUGGCUCAAUAAUAACUUUUUGCUGACAAAGUAAGAACCUAUUUCGUCAUUCAGAGUUUCAUUAUGAGAGUUUGCUGUUUUUGUCACGUCUGGUAACUUCUGCUUAAAGCCACAGAAAAUAUGUAAAAGUCUUUAUAGUUUUAUAAGGUUUAUAGUUUAAAACUGCAGUUAUGUCAGUGCGCCUCUCUGAGCCACAUCUGGAGGUUAUAUGACAGUACAAGAUGAAAUUAAUUUAGUAUUUGCCAUCUGUUUUUCACAGUGUUCACUGAACAUCCAUGUGUAUGGUGUGGACACAAGCAAAACGAGCCCGUACAUUGUAAUGCAGCCCAGCACAGUCCUCCAGCUAAAAACUAGAAUAUCGCUCAGAAGAGCACAAACCUCCGCCAAGGCCCAACAGUGCGGUUAAAUCAAGCUGGACCGAAUUGCUAACACUAACAGAUCAUCGGUUCCCUCAAUAUUCCAGUUUUUUUUCCAUCAUUGUAGAUCUGUGUUUUAUUCUCUAGUAAAUUGGUGAAAAACCCCCCACUAUCAAUUGCAAUUUAAAAGAAGGAAAUGGAAAAACAUCCCUGGGAUCUUCCCCUUUGUCCAGAUCUGCACCAAUAUUUAAUGUGCUCUCUAUUGGCUCAUGUCCCAACCUUCAUUCAAGUUUCGUGUAAAUAUUUUCAGUAGUUUUUGUGUAAUCCUGCUACAAACAAAUAGACAGGGGACAGGAAAACAUCAGAUCCUAGACGAUGAAAAUUGUCUUUUUGUAAACCUUGUCCAAAUUUUUUUUUAUAACUGCAGACUCCUCACUUCUGUACAUAUUGACAUCAUGGUUUAGUCUUGUUUUUUUGGUCUGCGUCAGCCUCCACGUAUAUUUAUAACUGCUUAUUUGGUUUAUAAACCAUAUGUUGUCUUCAGAUUGAUGCUCUUUGUCACUGUUUUUUUAACUCUUUAUCAUGGCAGUAGAAGAAAAGCAGGAAAUAUUCAUAGGAGAAACUCAAACCAUCAAGAGGUUUAACUUAUAAUUUCAGCAAUAUUAUAAGAGUUGACAAAACUUGCCAAAGUCUAAAGAAAAUUUAAUAUUACCAGCUCUACUGGGCUAAUACAUACCAUUAGUCCCUCAUUCUGAAAUGCAUUGAAACUCAGGGUUCCUUUUUACUUGUGUCCUCUCCCAUUGUCAGUGUUGUCCUAUAAACAUCGCACUCAAUAUGGUUGAACAGUUGUUUGAUUGAAUUCUACACUUGUUCUCUUGUUAAAAAAAACCCUAUAACAUUAUAAUCCACUGAUUACACCAGUUACCCCAACAAAGCAUGUACUGUUAAAAAGAGAGGAUGUAACCUAUAAAUGAAGAGUUAUAUGUAUUCCAUGCACAUUUCUAAUAGCCGCUCCAAAGUCGAUAUGUUGAAAAUACUUCCAUGCUAUCAGUGAACUUUCACCUUCUUCUGAAAGGACUGUGAAUGAUCCGUUUUUUGUGUUUUGAUUUGAGUACUGUGUUUCAAAUGGAGAAAAAGAAAUGAUGUGUGCUGUAUACUCAGGAUAUCUGGAGAGACAUGGAGAACAUCAAUGCUCAUGGGCCUAAGAAGUAUACGUAACUGUCAGGAAAAAAGAAACGCAAAGUGCAUCACGCACUUGAUAGAUUUUUGUCUCAAUAAAUUCACCUUUUCGUGGGAAACACACGUGCCUCGGAAGACAGCUUUUGUGACCCUUUUCUGUUCUUGGAAUUGUCUAUCAAACUCAAAAGGCUUAAUCACUUUGACAGCGGGAUCCUGGAGAGGAAGUGUGAAAAUCAAGUGACGGCAGCCUCUAAGUUCUUUGCUUUCAUAUUCAUCAUUUGUUGAAUGACCUUUUGUGAAGAGGUUUUCGUGUGAAAUUUGGCCGUUCUAGAAGCCUCUAUGUCCGUGCGUCUGCGGAGGCAAAGAUCAAGUCGCUGCAUCUCUGCAGAUAAUGUGGCUUUUUCCUCAGUCACCUCUGGCCUGAGCUGUGGCUGACAACCAGCACUCGCCAUGUUCUGACAAAAUCCCAGAGGUCGUCUCCACCAGGCAGCCUCUCAGCGGAAGCAAGGCCCUGAUCAUCUUCCUCAUCUGGCCCCUGCAAAGUGUCGGUUCAGCACAAGCUUGGGAAGGAAGUUAAUUUAUUUACUUGCUUGUUCUGGUGUUGGAGUUUGGAAGAGGAGCGCUGUGCUAGGGCCUGACGGAGAAAGAGCUUGCAACAGUGAGACUUAAUGUGCCAUAAAAAGGGAAGGAGAGAAAGCCCCACAGAGGAGAAAUCGUUCCUCUACAGGGAAUCUUAGUUGACGUGUUGAUCUGAUUUACAUACUUUUCUGUGCCAAACUGCUUAUGAAACCAAAGUAAGGAAUCAGUCAGAGUCGGCACAGGAUGAAUCUCACCAAGAAAGAUCUGCUACUACUCGUCACUGCUUCAUCUCCAAACUGAAGGGACCAGAGCCGCUUCACUUCAGCCUCAGGUGAUCACUCGAUGCCACGGCCGGAGGUUUCCUGGAGGUUUCCUGGAGCGUUGGGAGCAUAACUGGUUUGAGUCUCUCCGCGGCUGAACUUGCUCCUUUUCCAAAGGUAAAGUAUUGAGAUGACCUAAUCGACUGACCCGGGUAUGUAUUCAAAUGUUGAAGACCAAUACCACUACACACUACAGGGACCAAAGCUGGUAUGAGGGUGAACUGAUGGUAGGAGUCCAUUUAUCAUUUUACCUUUCUUCACAUCUAACUUGCCCACUGGGUGUACUAGUUUCUGGGAGAAGCAAAAUUAGCACAAUCUCUUCAUUGUUGGUCUCAAAUGCACCAGCAGUUCAUGGAGCAUCUAAUAUAAAUGUCAAGCAGACACACAAGUGGGUCAUAGUCAGCAUUGGAAAACGUUCUCUGAUCAAGUAGACCUGAGACAUUUAGCAAAACCAGUCUGUGAAAACCUGUUGAAUAAUAGAAUGUACAGAAAUACUUAAUUAAGAGUGCUGUAACUAAUUAACUGGAUUAUUAUUACUACUAUGUUUAACAUCUAAUAUUGUAGCUGCUCAAUUCUUUUUCAUUUGUAAUAGAAAAGUUCCAUUAUAAACCGAUGGAUAUUUUCUUGUUUUUCAUAAGCUGUCCCGUGGAAUAAAACCCCUUUUCUCCAAAGGAGAUAUAAUUGAUUUUCCAUGUAAAAUCAUUAAGAAAGUAACGUAAAUAUAGCAGUGAGGUCAAUGUAGUGGAGCAGAGGAAAGUACAUUUCCUUGUAACAUUUAAUUGACUGAAGUAUAGAGCAUCAUAAAAUGGAAAAUACUCGUGAAGUCAGCGACAAGUCACAUGAAAGUUGUGCUGUCACAUCACUGAGUGUUCCACUACAAAAUCAACACUAAUCAAUAAUAUUAGGUUUUCCACCAUUGUUCCGUGUUAUUCAGUAUCACGUUCCAGUUUGAAUAGAGAUCUAAGACAAUUUAAGGCGCCUGGCCGAAACUCAAGAGGCAUCAUCGUCCUAUUAAUUACUUCAGUGUCAAAAAAUAGGUUUUAACAUUGAGAGGAAAUGGAAACAUGCAUCUGGAAAUCGGAAUAAUUAAAGCUUUCUUUGAAUUCAUGGUUUGGAUCAAUAUCUUGAUAUAAUGUUUGAAAAGUCUUAUCCAUUAAAUCCAGUUCUUUACUUUUUACACUAGGAAGUUCAUGCACAAAAACAUAUACUGUCCCACUGACCCUUCACUGCUGUGCAUGAAUCAUUUUUUUUAAUUUGAAAUUUAAUUCUUGUGGACCAAACAGUGUUUGGGAUUCCUCUCAUAUGAAACCUAUGUGUUAUUAAACUGUUGAGUAUUUCAGGGAAUUGUCUCAAUACAGGAGGAGAUGAAGAAAGAAAACUUGUCUCAUGUUGUCUCUGUGAAAGACUCAUAUUUACCCACAGUAUGAACUGAGCACAUGAAAGGGAUUCAUCAUCAGACAAGAGAAAGUCAUUUGGUGAGUACAAUUCAGAUAUGCACUUUUCAUAUUUAUACCUUGAAUCAUAAUAAAUAUUUAAAUUGUAUCAAUGUGUUUUUAAAUAAAGGCAACAAUUUUUUUUUCA